CCUCCUUCGCCGCUGCCGGAAACCUAGCUCCCCCGCCAUGGUCGACGUCGACCGCCGCACUCCGGGGCUCCCCCCGGCGCACGCCGCGGGGCUCCGCCGCCUCUCCUCCCGCGCCGCCGCCGGCGUCUCCUCCUCCUCCUCCGGCGCCCGGGCGGGGCUCCUCUCCUUCUCCGCCCUGGCCGAGUCCCUCCUCUCCCACCUCCGCUCGUGCGGCGUCCCCGUCCUCCCGGGCCUCUCCGACGCGGAGCUCCUCCGCCUCGAGGCCGAGCUCGGCCUCUCCUUCCCCCCCGACCUCCGCGCCCUCCUCUCCCUCGGCCUCCCCUCCGCCCCCGGCUUCCCCGACUGGCGCUCCCCGCUCCCCCUCCUCCUCCCCUCCCUCCGCCUCCCCUCCGCUGCCCUCGCCCUCCACUCCGGCUCCGCCGCGCCCGCCCUCAUCCGCUCUUCCGCGCUGCUACCUCCCGCCCUCCCAGCCCUUGCCGGCAACCCCGUCUUCCGCGUCGACGACGACGCGGCGACGACGCGCCCGCGUCUCCUGCUGCGCCGCCGACUCGCCGACUUCUUCCGCCGCGAGGCCGCCUUCCGAUCCGACUCCGACUCCGCCCCCGCCCUCCCCCUCCGUCGCCAGCUCUCCGCCCCCAUCCCUCCCCCUCCGCCUCCCUCUGCCUCCUCCGCCCGCCGCAGCCUCGACUCCUCCAUCGCCGGGAAGAAGCCCCGCUGGAUCGAGUUCUGGAGCGACGCCGCCCUCGAUCGCCGCGCCCGCGCCUCCUCCGCCUCCUCCCAUCCCCCCGAUCCAGAGCAGUUCCUCGAGAUCCAGGUCCAAAACUCCAUCCCUAUCCCUAACCCUAGCCUCCUCCCCGACUGGGUCCGAACCUACCUGGACCGGAUCGGAUCCGUGCUCCGCGAGGGCGGGUGGGGGGAGCCCGAGGUGGCGGAGAUGGUCCACGUGGCGUCGUCGGGGCUACUCGACAACGUCGUCGUCGUCGACGGCGAGGCGAUCCUCGACGCACUCCUCCUGAGGGCCGACCGGUGCUCGGACUCGCUCCGCCGCGCCGGGUGGAGCUCCGACGAGGUCGUCGAGGCGCUUGGCCUCGGCUCCGCCCCGGAGCGGCGGCGUAGGUCGAAGGUAAGCUUACCGCCCCGGAUCGCACUCAGAAUGGAGAAGCUCGCAGGGGCGGUUUCUAACUCGUAGCCAUACAUUCACAAAUAUUUUAACAAAAAGAUUUUCUUUUAAACCUUAGAAACUGUAUUUGAAAAGGUGGGAUUACUGUUAAAUAUCAGUAUAUAUAAAUAAAUUAGAAAAUUAGUUUUAAGUAGAUGUUUUGGAUUUGAAAUGAGAGGGAAUCAAUGAAAAAGUGGCGCUUCUUCUGUAUAGUGGGAGGUGACUCAGGUGAGCUUCUUUCAUGGAAACGCGCGCACGGACACGGGGAUUGCCUGAUUCUGGUAAAAAGGUUGAAGUGAGAAGUCGUGGCGUAUGGACAAGGCCACAACGGUGUCCUUUACUCUGAUGUGAUGUGAUGUGAUGCUACAACUUUUGUCUUAUACUUCGCUUCUCCGCGGUACAUAUGUUUGGUAUAAACGUGAAUUUUUUUUUUUAAAA